AAAGUGACAGAGCGUUUUGUUUUUAAUUUUAUACUUUUUAAUAUAGACAAAAUGGCUGUUACUAGUGCCAGGAGCAUUGUGAACUUGAAGAAGACUCAUUUCGAACGGGAAAAUGCUAAGAUUGAUAAAUAUACGCUGGCGGACGAGCUCCCGGCGCAGCUGUCGGAGCUGUCCCUGCGCCCGCGCAUCGCGCCGGAGAUGCCGCCCAAACUCGCCUACACGCUGCGGACACUCUCCACAGACGACACGGAGCUUACACUCGCCUUCCUCAGACGGUUCUUCUUCCGCGAUGAGCCCAUGAACCAAGCAGUCCAGCUGUUAGAAACGCCAGAGUCCCGCUGUCCAGAGCUGGAAGAGUAUUCAGCGUCGUCUUUGAGCCAUGGAGUGUCCAUUGGAGCGUUUGAUGACCUUGGCGAGAUGGUUGGCGUGCUGUUAAACGGAAUCGUAAAGCGAGAGGAAGCGGACUACACGGACAAAUCCGAAGAGUGCCCGAAUCCAAAAUUCCGGAGGAUCCUCAAAGUGCUAGGGCACUUGGACCGCGAGGCGAGGAUCUGGGAGAAGGUGCCGGCAGACUGCCACAAGGUGGUUGAGCUGAGGGUAGCCUCCACGCACUCGGCGUGGCGGGGACAGGGACUCAUGAGGAUACUUUGCGAGGAGACUGAACGAGUGGCACGCGCAGUCGGCGCCGGCGCACUCCGCAUGGACACCACGUCUUGCUACUCCGCAGCCGCGGCCGAAAGACUCAACUUCCGCAGGAUCUACUCUGUCAACUACGCUGACCUGCCCUACGCACCUCAACCGGACGCUCCACAUCUCGAGGCUAGAGUUUACAUCAAGAAUCUGUGAAGAAAUUUUCCGGACAACCUAAGCUACGUACUCAAGGCAGCACAGAAGUUACUCGUACCCAAGAAUUAGGUCAACAAAAUUUAGAUUUAGGUCAACAAACGCAAGAAUAGUAUCUAGGAGCACAAAAUGUAGAAACUCUCAUGUUACCUGAAAUCGCAGGGAUUAGAUAGGGAAUUAGAAUGUAGUUUUCAGAAGAAAAGACCAGUCGAUUUGGUCUCAAAAUAAAAAUUUGUUUGAUUGUGAAGAGCUGGCUCUUUACAUUUUCCAAAGCUAAAAUGUUAAAAAAAAAUACAAUAUAGAAAAACUGCUUGGAGAAUAAGUCCGUUUUCACAUUAUCCCAUCUGAUAUCGGAUGUCGGAAGGAUUUCAAUGGAAAGAAAUCCAAGAUGGCGCCUGUAAUGUAUUAUGGAUAUCGUCAAACAUCCGAUAUCGAAUCGGAUAAUGUAAAAACGCACUAAAACGGAAUGUACAGGAUUUAGGAAAACUGGCGAAUGGAAUGAACGAAACUUUUAUUGUCGUCACGGUCAAGAGCCAAUAUUUUAUUGGUUUAUCUGAAACAAACAAAGAUAUUUUCAUUCACUCAUUCGUUCGAUUCAUACCAGCUCUUCUCUUGUGACCUGUAUGUUGUUCACACUGGAAGCAAGCGCGGAUCCAGCUUCGUGCCCAGGGGGGGGUCACGUGGUAAAGGCCCAUGCCCCCCGGGAGGGGUCACGUGGUCUAUUUGUAUGGCCAGCCUAGGCUCCAGGGGGGGGUCAUGACCCCCAUGACCCCCCCCCCUGGAUCCGCGCAUGACUGGAAGUAUAAACAAGUGAUGAUUUCUGUACCUUGUCGCUUUAAAUCGUUUGACAAUUUUGUCUGACAUUUCAAACAAGUCGAUAAGGUGACACGGUUUAGAAAUUAUUACAUAUUUAUGCCGGCGACUGUAAGUCAUAGCGGGGAUUUUGAUUUGAUAAUUCCAAUCAAGAUGAUUUUAUUUUUGAUACUCCGUGUGGAUGUAAUCAUUGAAACUAUGUCUAAAUAAAUGUGCAAUGUGAAUUUUAUUGGCUAGUCAAGUUAAUUUAUUUCUGGUAAACUUCGCAAAAUUUCAAAUAUU